UUGUCUGUUUAAAAUUUAAAGGUUAAGACAAUGUCGGUUUCUGAAAAGUGAUACUAGAGAAAUAGCAGUAUUGAGAAAAAUAAUUGAUGCCUCAGUUGUGAACGGGACAUUAUGCUUUGGACGUGUACUGUCAAAUGGAAUUUAUUAAAGAUUAUUGGGAUCUCUUCUGGUUCCAGGACUUGUUCUUUGUGUUAUAUUAACCGCUGUCCUUUUUCUUCUGCUUUUGGGAAUUCGGUUUAUGAUACAGCGCAAAAAGCAAGAUGGAAGAAAAUCGCCAGUUGUGGCGUUUUUCCACCCAUACUGCAAUGCUGGAGGUGGCGGCGAAAGAGUGCUAUGGUGUGCACUUCGAGCUCUUCAGUGCAGGUUUAAAGAUGCAAAAUUUGUUGUUUAUACUGGGGACAAAGAUGUUUCGGGAUUAGAAAUCCUUGAUGGUGCUUACAGAAGAUUUAAUAUUAGGUUGCCUGCUCAGGUGGAAUUUGUUUUUCUUGAAAACCGUCAUCUUGUUGAAGCAAGUCUUUACCCCUAUUUUACUCUACUGGGACAAAGUCUUGGGUCAGUUGUUUUAGGAUGCGAAGCUCUUCUAAAGUGUAUCCCAGAUAUCUACAUUGAUUCAAUGGGCUAUGCAUUCACCUUACCCAUAUUCAAGUUUCUUGGAAAUUGCCACGUUGGAAGUUAUGUCCACUAUCCAACUAUUAGUACAGAUAUGCUCUCUGUGGUUCGUAGUCGAAAUCCUCGUUUCAAUAAUGCUACAUUCAUUUCAAAAAAUCCAUUUCUUUCCAACAUUAAAGUUGUUUAUUAUUAUAUUUUUGCUUUUUUGUAUGGAUUAGUUGGUUCUUGUAGUAAAGUUGUAAUGGUUAAUUCUACGUGGACUAAAAAUCACAUUCUGGCACUUUGGGGAUGUAAUGACCGGAUUAGUAUUGUAUACCCACCUUGUGAUGUCCAGGCUUUCGUGGACAUUGAUCUUGAAACCGAGCCCAGGGAAAACACUUUUAUUUCCGUUGGUCAGUUUAGGCCAGAAAAAGAUCAUUCCUUACAAAUUAGAGCCUUUUGCAAAUUCCUGAAGAAAAUUCCUGAGGGACCAGAACAUUAUUAUUUAAUCCUGAUUGGUGGAUGUCGUAAUCUAGAAGACGAAGAACGAGUUUCUCAUCUUAAAAAGCUGUGUGAGGACCUAAAUAUUGCAGACAAUGUGGAGUUUAAAAUAAACAUCCCGUUUCAAGAAUUGAAGAGGCACUUAGCAGAGGCAACAAUAGGACUGCAUACCAUGUGGAAUGAACAUUUUGGAAUAGGCAUUGUGGAGUGCAUGGCAGCAGGAACAAUUACCCUGGCACAUGAUUCAGGUGGACCAAAAAUGGACAUUGUGGUUCCAUAUAAUGGAGAGAAGACAGGCUUUUUAGCUGAUGAUGAAGACAGCUAUGCUGAAGCCAUGAAAGUCAUUGUUUCUCUAUCCCCAGAGGAACGCCAGGAGAUAAGAAGGCGAGCUCGGCAAUCUGUAAGCAGAUUUUCAGAUCAGGAGUUUGAGGGUUCUUUUCUAUCUGCAUCUGAGUCUCUAAUGGAGUUUGCUAAUAAAUGAUAGGUUGCUUGCUACCCUGUAUGAAAUAAUUCCACAAUCAUGCAGUUUAUGAAACUGAAAUGAGUUGAUGUAUGUCUACUUCAGACAGUUCUCCUUGGGAUUUGACUGGUCUACAAAGAGUGAUUUCUGAAGUGAAAACCAGUAGCCAAGCCAUGGAUUUACAGUCUACAAAUUGAGCAUUCCAGAAAGAUGCUUAGAAGAAUACUGUAGUAGUAUUUUGUAAAUCAACACGUUUCCAGCUCAACAUUUAAUAAUGGGUUAUCCCCUUAUGAAAUGGGUUUCCCAUGAAGUAAAGUAAAACUACAUGUGUAGCCUAGCUAUCAAAAUGAAGAGAAAACAUUAAUAUGGCAUCUAAUAAGGCUGCUCAACUGAAAGUAGUUUAACUUUAUCCUUAAAGUUUACAUUUUAUGGGGAAAAUAUAUGGUGUGAACCUGAAUAAUCAUUUUAUAUAUUAUAUAAAUAUUUAUAUAUAAAUAUAAAUUAUAUAUUACGCAUCACAUUGUAUUUCAUCACUUUUAAUUAUGAGUUUCAAGAUAUUAGAUUAACAUUUUAUAAAUUGAAUGAUUUCCAUCCUUUAAACGGCCAUUUAGAAACUGGACAUCUGGUAGCACUUUUAUUUUAGAACAUUUGAUUUUGACAAGCACAUACAUGCCCAACUCUGCUCAUCUUUCUUAGUCCUUUUUAAACUUUGAGUUUAUGCUAUUAUUUAAUUUUUACAUUAAUGUUCUGAUAUUAAAGGGUAAUACUGGGUGCUUCAUUAACAUUUAAAGGUCUUAUUGUCUGGAAUGUAUUAGACCUCACUUAACCACAAAUAUUUUUAAAAAUCGUUCUAGUGUGUGGGAGCAACAGCUAAUAUGUUACCCUUCUGCUGAUGUAGCAAAGUAAUUGAUUUAUUUUUUUUAUUGCUGUAAUGGGGUAGUACUAUAUCACUGGGAGACCAUUUUAUCUCUAAAGGAUUGUGUGUCUGGUGUCUGUUCUUCAUAAGCUUUCUCUAUUCCUUAGUAAUCUUCAUUUGUCAUGAUUCAUUUGGAAUUGGGCACUGAGCAUGCACACGCUUUUUAUUCUGCUUGGUGUGUGACAGUUGGGUAACAUUGGGAAGAUAAAGAAUGUAGACAUUGCUUGUUGCUAUACUUGUCUAACUUGUGGAACUGCAGCAAUAUGCUGCCUUGUGAGCAGACAUGGGUGGAAUGGUCAGAAGCUGCAAAAAUGGUGCUGCUUCAUCAAGCGAGAAUUUGAAUUUGGGCUUUGUGAUACUUCUGUUGGAAAGGUGACACAAAAUGUGAAUUAUUAAAACUUGUCUCUGUGCACAUGUGGCACUUGUCUGGGGCCGAGCAUGUUUUACAUCUCUAUCACAGCUUUCAGUAUGGUUAGGCUUUUUGUUUGCACCUUGUCUACUGUAUUUUAUUUUUAAUCUGCAGACCUGCUAUGUGUAUGUGUGUACACAAAUACUGUGUGUGUUGUAUGUAUGUAUGUAUGUAUGUAUAUACAUUAAAAAGUAUAAAUUAUAUAAAAUGCAGUGUGUGUGUUGGCAUAUAUCUAGUAUGUAUAAUACAAAAACUUUGUUUCAAUCAAUAAUUUAUUCUUCCAGGCUAAUAAAUUUAAAGAAACCU